GCCACUGCCCGCCGCCCGUCGGCCCUUCCGCCUCACUCAGCUGCGCCGUGGAGCGGGACGGGCACAGACCAUGGAUCGGACAGCGGGCAAGGAGCUCGCCCUGGCGCCGCUGCAAGACUGGGGCGAGGAGACCGAGGACGGAGCGGUGUACAGCGUCUCCCUUCGUCGGCAGCUCAGUCAGCGCUUGAGUCCGGGGGCAGGGCCCGGGGGCAGCCAGGAUGUGCUCUGGGGGCCACUCCUGUGUCUCUUCGCCGCCCCCUCGCCCCCCAGGCCCCCAGCCCCGCCUGCGGAUGCCUUCCUCCAUUAUCGCACGAGCAAGGUGCGGGCGCUGAGGGCGGCGAGGCUGGAGCGGCUGGUGCGGGAAUUGGUGUCUGGAGACCACGAGCAGGACCCGGGCUUCGUGCCUGCCUUCCUGGCCACCCACAGGGCCUUUGUGUCCACCGCCCGUGUGCUGGGCCUUCUCCUGCCACCACCACCGCCGCCCCUGCCUCCAGGGAUAAAGGUCAAGAAGACAGAGGGAGGAAGUCUGCGUGUCAACAAGAAUUUAAGGGCUGUGGUGUCCGUGCUGGGCUCCUGGCUGCGGGAUCACCCUCAGGAUUUCCGGGAUCCCCCUGCCCACUCGGACCUAGGCAGUGUCUGCACCUUUCUGGGCUGGGCGGCCCCAGCAGGGCCUGAGGCCCAGGAGGCAGAGAAGCUGCUGGGAGAUUUCCUGGAGGAGGCUGCGCGGAAGCCGGAAGAGGAGGAGCAGCCUGAGGCCUGGACAGGACCUCCUGGAGCUGCCCAGACCCCCCGCCCAGACUCCCUGGAAGGCUGCUCAGAAGAGGAGGAAGGACUGGUGCCGGAAGGCCCUGAGCUCCUAGACUUUAGUGUAGACGAAGUGGCCGAACAGCUAACGCUGUUGGACGCGGAGCUCUUUUCGCGCGUGCAGCCCUGUGAGUGCCUGGGCUCCGUGUGGUCACAGCGGGACCGUCCAGGGGCCGCAAGCACUGCCCCCACGGUGCGCGCCACUGUGACCCAGUUCAACAUGGUGAUCGGUUGCGUGCUGGGCUCCGUGCUGGGAGAGCAGAGCCUGGCCGCCCCACAGAGGGCGCAGCGGCUGGAAAAGUGGAUCUGUGUCGCCCAGCGCUGCCGGGAACUGCGGAACUUCUCCUCGCUGCGCGCGAUCCUGUCCGCCCUGCAGUCUAACCCCAUAUACCGGCUCAAGCGGAGCUGGGGCGCCGUCAGCAGGGAACGGUUAUCCACUUUCAGAAAACUUUCGCAGAUUUUCUCCGAUGAGAACAACCAUCUCAGCAGUAGAGAGAUUCUUUCCCAGGUAAAGAUGGGUGGGUGGGUUCUGAGAGGCCGCCCCCCUCAGGAGUGGGAGAUCCUGGCCCACAUCCAGCAGCUGCAGAAGCGGUGUCGGAGCUACCGCCUGAGUCCCCGCGCCCCUGUCCUGGCUGCCCUGCGUGCCCAGCGCCAGCUCAGCGAGGAGCAGAGCUACCGAGUCUCCCGUGUCAUUGAGCCACCAGCUGCCUCCUGCCCCAGCUCCCCACGCAUCCGGCGGCGAAUCAGCCUCACCAAGCGCCUCAGUGCAAAGCUGUCCCGAGAGAGGGGCUCAUCCCCUGGAGGGAGUCCUGGGGACCCCUCACCCCCCAUCUCCAGUCUGUCCCCAGGGUCCCCCCCAUCUAGUCCUAGAACCAGAGACCCUCCUCCUGGCAGUCCCCCGGCCUCUCCAGGGCCCCAGGGCCCCAGCACCAAGCUGCCCUUGAGCCCGGACCUGGUGGGCCCCUGGCCCUUGGCUUUGCCCCUGAGCAGCUCUCACAUCUCCUUAUCGGGGCAGCAGGGAUCGGAGGCUCGAGUCAUCCGCGUCAGCAUUGACAAUGACCAUGGGAACCUGUAUCGGAGCAUCUUGCUCACUAGUCAGGACAAGGCUCCCAGUGUGGUGCAGCGAGCCCUGGAAAAGCACAAUGUGGCUCAGCCCUGGGCCCGGGACUACCAGCUCUUCCAAGUCCUUCCUGGGGACAGGGAGCUCCUGAUUCCUGACAACGCCAAUGUCUUCUAUGCAAUGAGUCCAGUCGCCCCUGGAGACUUUGUGCUGCGGCGGAAGGAAGGGGCCCGGCACAGAACCACAGUCUCCUCAACCUGAGGGGGCCCCCCUCUCCCUCCAGGUCAUGGGCCCCAGGGGCAGCUUCAGGCCUGGCUUUGAUCACCGUGGAAGUGGGGAAAGGGGUCCUCUCCCAGAGAGGUCCCAUUCUCUAGUAAAGCCCAUUGUGCUCUGUACCCCAUGACUCCCCCACCUCCAACUUGAGCCAUUUGGACACCAUCUCUCUGACCCUCUUGGCACCAGGUCCUCAUUCCAGAGCCAUCAGCCCAUGGGUGGCCAGGUGAAAAGCUUCAUCCCGUAAACAUAGAGGGCAUGUAGGGUACCGGGCGGGGGGGGAGACCCUUCCCCAGAGAAAUCUUGUAACUGGUGGAGACACAUCAGAACUGACAGAAGUGGAUGAAAAUAGUGACCGAAGUUAUGAAACAGGAGGUCUGUCUUGUCUGUUCUCAGCCCAUGCCUCAUGUUCUCUAUCACGAUAGAAAUUAAAAACCACAACCAAUACCUGAAAAACUCUAAGAGCCUUAUGAAAGGGUUUGGGUGAGACAUGACCAGAUGCAGAGGGUGGGGGGCUAUCACACACACAGGAGUUGGGACUCCCCAGCGUUUGGGGGGGGCGCUAUGUUUCUUUUCUUCCACGUAUAUGGGAGAGUGAAGAAAUGAAAAUCCAUUGGGAUCAGAGACAAAUACCAUCAUCACCCAUAAGUCAAUAGGGUGUGGAGAUGAAAGGAGAGGGGUGCAUGGUGUCUCUGAACUGGAGUAGGGCGAGGAAACUGAGAAGGCAGAGACAAAGGGAGCGGUAGGGCCACCUACGACA